AUGGACUCAAUAUCUCUGCUAGUUGGGCCUGCUCCGAACGCGUCUCGAGCACUGAAUCAAGAUGAUUUCGACACGAGAUACAACUUUGCAAAGUACCGGAAAAAGAAGACAAAUACGGAAUUAGUGAAACAGUUCGCAAUCGGAGAUAAUUGGAUUCUUUACCAGUCACCGAAUUCGUGGACACAGAUUCUUCCGAUCACUGGAUGGAUUAAUAAGUAUCAUGUUAAAGACACCCUAGGCAAAGAUAUCCUCGGAGCACUCUAUCUCUCCCUCCUUCUGCUCCCUCAAGCCAUCGGAUUCGGUGUGGUGAUAAACGACGUCUCCGCAGCAGUCUACUCUCUUUUCAUCCCUCAAAUCAUCUACGCUUUCUUCGGUUCCGCCCAACACUCAUCGCUCGGUGCUCUUUCAUUUACUUCCAUUAUGAUCUACUGUUCGAUUGAAUACUCCAGCUCUCAUCUCUCUUCGAUCUCUCUUUGUUGUGCAUUCAUCCAGCUCAUCCAGUUUUUGCUCCCUCUUGAAUUCAUCUUCUCCUAUAUUUCCACGUCGGCAUUGUCUGGAUUUUCAGUUGGUCUCUUCAUCCGUACCGUAUUCCGUUUCCUCCCUCAAUUCCUGGUUUUCCGUGGACAUGACUGUAAAAGUACCACUGCCGUUGGUCUUCUACUCCCGAAUACAACGAAUGAUGUGAAGAGAGUUUUGCAAUGUUUUUAUGCGGCUGUUCCGUGUUUGAGAUCCGCCGACACAAUCCUAAUUAUCGCCACCGUCGUCGCCGCCAUCGUCUUCCUAAUCUUCAAAUGGCGUCUCUCGCGUCUUCUCAUGUCGAAAAUCGGGUUCAGUGCCCCUCAUGAAUUCUUCGUUCUUCUCACCGUAACCCUCAUCAUUUUCUUCUUCCAACCCGACGUCGCAGCUCAAUCCACGUCCCGUAUCGACCUCUCAAUCCCAAAAAUUGGGCUAUGGGCGUUCCCAUCAUGGUCAACAUUCGUGGAUUCCUUUGCCAUUUCGAUCUACGCCAUGACGUCACACAUGCAAAUAACCAAAUCGAUCGCAGAGGAAAAGAUGUAUAAAGUACACAGGAAACAGGAGUUAUUCUGCUUUUCAAUCAUCUCUCUGCUCAGUUCUCUCUUCGGAUUAUUGCCCCCUUCGAGUAGUUAUGGAAGCUCUCAAGUUAACAUUGAGUCGUCGAAAUUCUCAUUGGUUGCAAAUGUUUUGUCGUUAAUUCCGACUAUGUUGAUGGUUCAUUUUGGUGCUCCACUAUUCAAUUCUUUGCCAAUUUGCGCCAUCGGCAUAAUGAUAAUAACCUCAUACAACGGAUGGUUCAGUGAUCUCAAAUCGAUUCGCGAAAUUUUUUAUUCUUCUCCUUGGGAUGCCGCAAUCGCGAUGGCUGCGUUGGUCAGUGCAGUGGUCUUCCCAAAUGUGUGUAUCGGAUUCAUUUUUAUGCUUUUCUGUUCCGUUUUCGCAGUUUCUUUGAAAGUUCAAUUCCCGAGAAUGGAGGUGUUGGCGAAGUUGUCUGAUUCACAUUUUUCAGAGGAGAAUCGGUAUGAGGGUGACUGUUUGGAUACCCCUUUGCGAAUCAUUCGUCUUAGUGGCCCACUUCUCUCAGUCAAUUGCGAAAGUGUUCGAGCUGAGCUUUUUAAGCAAGCAGUGGUUGUCAAGGGAUUGAUCGGAAUCGGAAUCGGCACGCGUACCGCUUCCCUCCGAAGUCAAUGUCCAUCAGCAGUUGGACCGAAAGAAAGUGUGACCGCCCGUGAAUCGGUAAACCUCUCCGCCAACAUCACCAUAAUCCAAGAAUGUGAUGUAUCAGUCGCCCUCCCACCAUCAGAAGACACCCCUGCAAUCGUUCGUUUUCUCGUUUUAUCAAUGAAUGGGGUGACUGGAAUCGAUAAGGAUAUGUUGACGUGUUUGUCGCAGAUAUACGGAGACUUGAGCAGUGAGAAUAUCAAAAUAUUGAUGGCCGGUGUGCCCGCGUUUGUAAGAGAUUCAAUGGAGCUACUCGGAUUCUACAAUACAGUACCAAGGACUCAAUUCUAUCCGAAUGUUCAGGAAGCACUGCUGGCUGCCAGGAAUACGGUACUUCCGUUUCACAUGAGUGUCUCCAUGAACGGCUAUCGUGACGUCAUCGCCCUUUCAUGUGCUCAAUCAAACGCCGAUCUGAAUCGUCAACCGUCUCCAGAAGCAGUGUGA